AUGCCGGCUGAAGAACAAUCUGCCCAGAGCAUCAUUGCUCACAUGAACAAGGACCAUAAAUUGGCCUUGGAGGACUUUUUGUAUGUCUAUGGGAAGGUGCCCAUCACAGAAGAGAUCAGCAAUGUUAGAAUGCAAGAGUUUGCGCUGGACCACAUGACGAUUACGUUCGAACACUCUGCUAUCGAGUUUGAUGUGGAGAAGUAUAUCCCCAUUGACCCUCCAUUAAAGGACUUUUCAGAGGCCAGAUCGAGGUUGGUGCCGAUGGCUAAGGAAGCAGCUGCUAAGAGAGGGUUUUCUCACAUUAGGAUCAACGAGAUUUCAAAACCUCGCACCAUCUUGGAACACUUGAUUAUAGUGCUCGUUCUUCUCCCAUUUGUAGCAUACGUGCAUAGGGGAAUCUUGGAGUUCUUGCCAUUGCCACAAUCCGUGCUGGAUUUCAUAGGCAAGGACGUGGUCCUGUCGUACGAAUCUGCUGAACUGGGAAUGGACUGUUUCUAUCACUUGUGGAACAAGUUACGAGAAUGGUUCCAAUAUCUGGGCACCCAAAGAAGGCUCAGUAUCGCUGUUAUUGGACUACAGAAUUCGGGUAAAACUACAUUCACUAACCUUUUGGUAGGGCAGGAGUUUGAAACCGACACCAUACCAACGCUAGGUAUCAACAUCAGAGAAACCAGACUGCCGAACCACACGCAGCUACGAAUCUACGAUUUGGCGGGCCAGACGCGAUUCCAGAAGCUCUGGGAGCGGUGUUUCCAAGAGGCAGACCUUUUGGUGUAUAUGCUAGACUUAUCAGAUUUGACGAAUUGGGAAUCCGCUAAGGCUAAAUUGCACGAUGUUAUAAUCACCACGAACAUAGACCAUAUCCCAAUACUGGUAUUGGGAAAUAAAGUGGACCUACUCCCGAAGUUCCAGCCGGAUGUGCAAUUGGAAGACACACGAAACGGCACGAAUUCCAAUUCAAACUCAGGCGCUGGCACUGGCGUGAAUAUUUCUAGUACUAGUGCCACAGUUUUCUCCAAUCCAUCCACCGCAGCCACCACCAAAAAGAGACGCAAGUCCCGCUCCGUUGAACAGUCUACCAGACAACAGACUUGGAAAUAUGUAUCACCACUACUACACAACUACGAAUUCGAAGACAUCCCAAAAUAUGACUUGAACACGGAAAAUCAACACGUAUUGAGCAAAAUAGAAAUAUUGUCCAAGGAACUCGGCAUAGACUUGAAGCAUGGGUUGCUCCAUUUGCCCCACGAUGCCAAGGUUAAGCUAAACAGAGACAUCGCCCUCUUCUCCAUCAGUUGCAAAGACAAAACCUUGCUUGAUCCCGUCAUUGAGUGGAUACUUGAGCUCUAA